AUGAGCCAAGGCAACAAAGGUGAUGGAGCUCAGAUCCUCUUCAAGGGCAUCUUCCCCUCCUAUCCUCCGCUUGCCAUCCUUCCCAAGCACAUAUAUCCCAAGUCAGCUGCCCUCUCCAGCCUCAUAAUCCCCCAGAGAUUUGCCAAGGGUGUCAAAUUGGCAUUCAUUGCAAGUCUUAGUAAGAGUAAGCUGCCUCCCAACCACAAUGACAUCCUGGAAGCCUUAGGGGUUGGCCACUGGGUUGUCCAUUCACAGUCCAAGGUUGCCCCUCUCCACUGCACAUUUGCAGAUCUCAAGGAGGAUUCCAUUAGACAUAGCCACAGUCAUUAUUCCAGCAUGAAGGCACCAUCAUGGGCAGUGGAUAAGGGCUUUUCUGUGGCCAAAGCCAGGGGGCAACUUGGAGUGGAACUGAUUGAUGGUGGUGGACAACCAACAAGGGGAAUGAAAAUUUUGAGUAUCCUGUUCAGAAACCUUCAAAAUAGCCAGAAGAGUUUGUCUGCAUUUCCAGGGGGACUGGCCACCAUUAUUGGCUAUAAUAAACUAAUCCAAACCCAAUUGAUGAAUUCCCAGACAAAACAGUGCAAGCUCAUCACACUUGCAUGCAGGACAGUAGAAGAGGAAUUUGCUGGAUUCCUUUGGGGGGAGGAUGCACACAAAUGCCUCCAUUCCCAUCUGUUCUAUGGUCCCAAGGGUUCUAUGGCCACCACCCCUCUUCUCAGUGUGGCCCUGGAGGAUACUGGUAUAAAAAUGGGGCUAUUUCUAUAA